GUGCGUGCGCUAAUAAUGCAUGACAUCAUGCAUACAGUUUAGUGUCUGAUAAUGAUUCUGUGAUCUAUGUAAUUGAUAUAACCUAUCACUUUAGUAACAGAUGGUGUGUGACAAGGAUGUGCAUGUACUCUACAGAAGUUCUGAAUCCAUUUUCUUUUAGCGGAUUGGAUAUCUAAUAGGAAUACUUUCAUGAGUUGUUCUCCUUUAAUUCAACUAACUUGCAUUUUUGAUUAAUUAUGCCGAUGGAAUAUCAUGUGAAAAAAUAGUUUAUGGCGAUUAACUGAAGCAUUUUCACGCACAUGACAUCAUUAACCACAGUUUAGAGAGUAGCGCUUCAUGUCCAUGUGCAUAUAGUAUUGCUUCAGGGAUGACUCUGUUUGGUCAGAAUGUCAUAAAUUGUUGUGUGCUACAUUAAAAAGCUGAACUGACACCACUAUUGUAGAUUGUGACAGUGUUGACAUAUUUGCCAAGAUGAAUAGUUACUAUCAUCAUCCACCGAUUAAGACGGAACCUGUAUCGCCAGAUGCAGAUCUCUUUGCGGUGUAUCUCAAGGAUCUUAUGAUAGGGGAUCAUUGUGGUGGGCUAUCACCAAUUGGUCCCACACGAGCUACUUCCGAGCCGCAUAUUGAGGUAACAGAGCAACCGAAACAAAGGGACCAUCGAUUCCGCUACCCGGUAGAAGGUCGCCAGGCUGGGAGCAUCGCCGGGGAAAGAUCUACGUCUGACCUUCCAUCAUACCCAACAAUUAGGGUUGCCAAUUUGAAUGGUCGAGCCAGGGUAGUGGUAUCCUUGGUGACGAAGACUGAUCCUCCCCAGCCUCAUCCCCAUCGUCUGGUCGGAGAUAACUGUAAAGAUGGCGUCUGUGUCAUUAUGAUCGAUCCACAAAGACCCGAAGCAGUCUUUCGUAAGAUUGGAGUGCAGCGAACGAUGAACAAAGAAGUGGAGAACUCGCUUGCAGAGAGAAAGAAAGCCAAUGUCAGACUCUCCAUGGAAGUAAAUAAGGGAAAGACUGGGAAGAAACACAAUUACGAGAUGAAGGCUGUUCGACUCUUCUUUGAAGUCUACAUUGAGACAAGGGAAUCAUCCGGCGUCUAUGAUAGGUAUCUUACACCUAUCACAUCAAGUCCCAUCUAUGACAAGAAGGAUACGGUAUUGUCUAUCUGUCGUGUGAAUACCAAUACUGGCAGCGUGGAAGGUGGUGAUGAACUCUUCAUCCUAUGUGAAAAAGUUCAGUCGGAUGAUAUCAAAGUGAAAUUCCAUGGGAAGGACCCAGAGACAAACCAACCCUGGUCAGCGUUUGGUGAAUUCAGUCCAAGUGAUGUUCACAGACAGUUUGCCAUUGUCUGCAAGACGCCUCGCUUUGUGAAUCAGAACAUCAAGGCUGCAGUGGAGGUUAGUUUUCACCUCUACCGACCGUCGGAUGAUGAUUCGAGCAUGGACAUGACUUUCACCUACAAGCCACGGGAAUCUGUCCUUGGACUUGGAGAUAUUGAGAAGAAAAAGAGAAAGCUGUCUCACAAGCCACCAGAAGAAUACAACAGAUAUUUCGCCAACAGUGGCCGACCAGUCAAGACGGAGACCCUUGGAGCGAGUGCCCAAUCCUGCAGUGGUGCUCCAUUAAGUCAUCCAGUAUCCAAUGCACCAUCCACCCUCUCAUUAACACCGGUUACCAUGACAAUGCCAUCAACAGACACCAGACGAAGUCUGCGUCAGCAUCUCAUGAGAGGGGACCCAUCUCUUGGUGUGAGUGAUGACCCCCAGGCUCUUUUUGGUGACUUCACAUUCACCGGCGGCACCGCACAGGUACAGGAUACCAACAACAUACCGGUCACCUACACAAGCGGAGCCCACAUGAGCUCCAGCACCGUGACGCAACAUCAGCACCAGCCAGUGAGCACCGACCAAGGUACCCUCGAUAUCCCACACGAAGCAUUUUUGAGGUCCCUGGCGACGGCUCAACCGAUGGAGGAAGAUUCCGUCGAUGAGGAACGCACCACCAGCCUUCAGAGAAUAAACGCCAUAGCUUUUGAGCUCAUGAGUUCGUCUGCAGGCGUGUCUGGAGGGGCCACCGGAGGCGGUGAGCGCGUUAUUGUCGAGCCAAUGCCAGAUACUGCAUCUCUGAAUGAUUUAACAUACAGUGUUCUGGAAACAAUAGACAUUGCUGCCUACCAGGACGUCGGAAGUGAUAUCGUAUUUAGCACAUUUGAGGGCUCCGAUACGGAGAGAAAUAAUACAAGCAACAGCAACAAUAGCAACAAUAAUCCGAUGGGAUAGCAAUCGUAAGAACUUUCAUGACUCCUAAUUCCGAGAAAGAUUUGACAUCGAUUCAAUCUAGGAAAUUAAGAGAUUUAUGCUUGCUUUGAAAUUUUAUUGUAUAUACAAAACCAGGUAUCUUUUAUGCAUGGAACCCUCAUCUUCCUUACAUGUAUAAAAAGAAAUCAAAAUCUGGAAAAUAGUUUUCAAUUGGCUGGUUUAUUCAUUGAUACGUUAUGAAUCAUUCACUGUAUGCAAGUAAUAUGUUGCGAUACAUGCAGCUAUUUCUUGGCAUGCAUGGAAAGUGACUGAGUAUACAAAAACACUAUUUUUUCGAGGGCAUUUUAACAGAGUAGUUCACAAAUAAUGCAUAUGAGUGUGCACAACAUUGUAAAUACCUGAGAUUCAUACAUUAUCUUUUUUUAUGUGAAUAUUUGGCAAGAAAAGUGGUUACUAAUUCAGGGGAUUUUUAAGAAACCCAGUCUUAUUACGCAAGGCUGCAUUACCAUUAUGACAUCAUCACUGCUAUAGUGUAGCAAAUGUGGAAAGCAUUCCUUAUGUAUAUGCGCCAGAGGGUCCUUGACUCGGUUAGCAUGGGGUGUAUAAAAUCAUGCUCAAUAUUUCAUGCACUCAAUUUGCCUAUGUUACAAAUGUCAUACUAAUUUUGGUAUGCAUGUUAUGCUUUUUGCUGCUCACUCGUUGCACUUACUUUGAAGAACAUAAGCAUGACCCAAGUAGUGCAUGUGAUUAGCUACGAUCAUUCACUCGUGUGAUGAUAAGUGAUAAAAGUGUCAUCUGUAAAUAAUUUCAUCAGUAUUGUGUUUUGUCUGAUAAAUUUUCUGUGUGGUUGUUGUACUUGCUCAUCAAAAUGUAAAUUAUGUACUUUUUUAUGUGCGAUGAUCUGGCAUUCCUCUCUUAUAUUAGGCCAUAUUAGGAGAGAAGGAUAAAGGGACAGGAUUUAGCUUUUAUUUUGUAUUACUCCAAGCAUAGGCGUCAGAGCCGAAGAUUAUCCUUUGUUCAUGGGGGGACAUCUAUUGUUGCGUCGUCCCCCCCCCCCCCCAGUAUAAGGAUAAUCCUCUGCUCUGUCACCCAUGAUUCCAAGUGUGGAUCCAGGAGGGUGGGAAACGGUGUGGACGCACCCGUCAAAUUUGGAAAGAGAACAGUGCACUGCUGUAAAAUGCCUCCAUUGCACACCCCGUAAAAUACAAAAGAUACCUCCAUUUGUGAGCGAUGACCCUUUUCCUAUUUUUUUUGUGCUUGUCAAAUUUUCGUGACAAAUUCGCCCGUAAGAGCUUGAAUCUGGAUCCACUCCUGCACUCCCUGUGGAAAGUGUUUUUUUUUUUAAUUAUGAACUGCCAUCAGAUAGAAAUCUCAUAAAUAACAACAACUUCAAAGAAAUGUCUCUUUUAUUUCCAUUGUGACAUGUACCUUUAAAUGUAAAUAGAUGUAUAAACACCAUUUCAUACACUGUCUUAAAAAAUGAAGAGAGGUGUAUAAUCUGUGUACGUUAUUUGUUUUUCAUAGUUGAUGUCAACAUGUGCUAACAUGUAGCACUAAUCAGAAUUAUUAGAUUGGAUUAAGAAAUGGAGUAGGAUGGUUUAGAACCAAAGAUGAGUAGUAAUAUUUUUUUGUUGAUUUAUCAGUUGUACUAUAGAAUAACAUACUUUUCUUGUUAUAUGUUAAAUUGUGGUUGAUUUACCAUUUGUACUAUAAAAUUCCUUAUUUUGCGUUAUAUGUUACUCUAUCAUGCUCUAUCCUUACUCUGUCAUACACUAUCUAUUAACUCUAUCAUGGAACUAUGUUAUUAGUGCAUAUUUUGUUUUUAUCAUUAUUCUUGAAAGUAUAGCGUUUUUGCUUUUGAGUUUAGAUGGUGUUGGAAGUGGAGAAAACUGUAUAGUGUAUAUUAUGAACAUGUAGCGACAGACAGAGUCUGUUAAUAUAUAAAUACUUAUAAUAUCGAUAAUCUUGCAAAGCUAAAUAUGUUUUUUGAAUAGUGGCAGAGCAAUGAUGCAUUAAAGGCAACUUCUAUUUUGAUCUUCCUAUGUGAGGAAGCUGAAAAAGACAAAUGUUAAUAUGAUUGAUCCUCAAGUUGCUGAGUUCUUUUGGGAAAGGAAAGAAAUCAUUGUAUGAAUUGUUACAUUGAUAGUGACAAAGAAGUUUUAUAACAUUAAAAUGUUCUGUUCACUUUUGAAGUCAUGUUUGUUUUGUCCCUCUGUUGUUUAAGACUGAAAAAUGUAAAUCAGAAAAACUAAAUAGAAUUUUUUUUUUCAGACUUAAAGUCAUGUUUGUUUUUAUCCGUUUCUCAUUAAAGACUGAGAAAUGUAAAUCAGAAAAACUGAAUCAAUUUUUUUUCCUGUAAAAACCUGUAUUAUGUAUGUUGUAUGAUAGCUAUUGUAAUUUGUAAUGGUAGCAUUGUAUGUUAAUAUUUGUUUAUUUUAUAGCAUAUAUACUUUUAUCUUUUUCAUAUAAUUGUAGCAAAAGUUUUAAGAAUUGUUUAAAGUAUAUAUAUAAAUUGUCCUGUUCCUUCAUGUUAUGUGUUUUAGAUUAAGCAUAUAAUGCUUUAUUUGUUUGUUAAUUUUCAUAAAGUAAAGUACUCUAAAAAUUGCUUGAUAUCACCUCGUCAUUCCACUGUUAGAAUGUAUUGUACUCCUUUGAUAUUUAUUAAGAUGAUUUUUCUUUAGAGUGUAGAAAAUGCCAUGUUAAUGCCAAUUUGAAGCUCAAGACAAACCAUCCCCCAAAAUCGGCAGAGAGAGAUAUUAUAAAGCCAUUUGAAGAAUAAAAUUUUGAAUAUAUAUUUAGGUUUUCAUUUGGGUACAAAGGAAGCAUUUUAGGAUGUUCUCCAGUUAUGUUUGUGCGCAUCCCUAUCUGCGUGCUGUGCAUAUUCUACUCAUGCGCAUUGACGUCACAAUAAGUAAACAGGUUACUGACCAGCUACAGGUAUCAGCUGAUUUUUCCAAGCAUCUGCAAUCUAACAGCAAAUCAAGAUGUGUUAUUUUACAAAGCUUUGAACUAGAAAUAACUUUUUAAAUGCCUCUACCUUCUCAGAAUACUUUACUCUGCAGUGCUUGGAAGUAUGACAAAUAUGACGUCAAGUUUGAUUAAAUGGGAUAGUGGAGUAGAAUUUUUCUUUAUGAGGAUACAAGCCUGUUGCCGCGUUAUUUGUCUUUUUAAAAGCACAUUUGUUCCAACAAAAGUGUUGAUAUUUAAAAAACAAGCACAUGAACCCCUAGUUUUUAAUGUUCACACAUAUUUAGUAUACGUUUCUCUACAACCAUGCAAAAUGACAUGGGUUUUUAAUAAAGUGCAGCAUUUGUUGUAAAAUAUUUUAGAUAUAUGUUUUUGUCGUCUCACACCUUUUUUAAAACUGAAGGUGCCGCUGCUCUUUAAAUGACAAACGAAGAGCAGUAUGGGUUGAUUCUUUAUAGUAAGUAAAUCUGGACUAUAAUGUAAAAUUUGGUGAAAUUUAGAUGGAUUUUGACUGAGUAAGAGAGGUUUAAACUGAACGCUGUGAUCUCGUAGGGUUUAAAAACAAAAUUAUUUUUAUUGUGUAUUUCUCGAGACCUUUCAAAUGGGUGAACUUCAAAGCUUGGGAGCAAAAAAUCAAGCACAUGAACCCAUGUUAAUUUUUACAUAAUUGGAAUAAUUAGGUGCUAAAGUAACUUUGCAAAAUUUGGUGAAAAUGACAUGGAACGUCCUUAAAGGGGUGGGGUGUGAGAGAAAUAUGACAAAUAUACCAAAAUGUUAAUCUUGUUUUUGCAGAUGGUAGGCACAAUACUAGUAUGCUGAUGAUAAUGAUAAAUAAUUGUAAUAUUGAUAAUGAAGGUGAUGAUGAUGAUGUUAUUGGUAAUGAUAAUGAUCACAAUGAUAUAAUACUGAAAACUAAAAAAAAGGGAGCCAUGGAAAACCCAUUUUCAUUGCAAUGUUAAUGCUUAUCCUCUGUUACAUACAAACUUAAGCAGUAUAAUGAUAAUGAUCUUAUAAAUGAUUAUCAUAAUGAUAACGAGAUAAUUGUGGUGACAUGUGAUGUUAUUGGAAUGGAGAAUCCAUUGUAUAUUAAACAGGAUUGGCUUUUUGAUACUGUCCUAUUAGCAAAAUAAGGUAAAGAUUUGGAUUUAAUUGAACUAGGUUAGUCCAAGGAGAUGGGAGGUUUGUCUUGUCACAACAAAGUACAUAUAUUUUUUGUCUUUGUAAAUUUGUACAUAACUUCAUGUAAAUAUAUCAUCUAAAAAUAAAUUCAAAAUUGUAAAGAA